AUGACUAAAUCCUGGACGUGCAGAUUACCCCAUGCUAUCAACGCUCCUGAUACAGCACCGAUCUCUCAUUGGCCUCUCGGGCCGUGUGACAGCGUUGUGCUGGCGCUCAUUGGGGCAGCCGCUUACAUUCGCAUCUGGCACACAAUGCCAUCAUCAGAGAAAGACUCCCACCGCCUAUUCGAGGCGGCCGAAACUCGGAGAUCCAUUCACGACACCUGCAACAUGGCGGAUCGGAUUUGGAAUCUGUCUACCAAUCACCGACGCAGGUCGGCUCGCAUUGCCCGCAGCAGCAUUGCUUGGUUGCCAUGGGACCAGCCUCAAUCCGACUGUGAUCUGAAACGGGUCGGGUAUGCCCCAAGGCAUGAAGUCAGCGCGUACCGCGACUACCAGCCAUCUCCACCGUAUGUCAAUCGUCUCUCGGGCUCAGCUGUACCACAAUUCGAUUGUGUCCGAAGUAUACCCACCGGGUCUGUCGCACAGUACAAUGUCUGCUGCGACGGGCGAAUGUGGCGUCGCUGCAUUGACAGCAUUUGGGUUUUCACCGAUCGAAUCGGCCGCCUAGAUGCCUGCCUGACUCCGAUGGGGCUGAUAGGUGCGACCACGCAGCUGAAUCCCGAGAGGAAGGGACGAACAGUGGAGGAGGGCCAGAACGAGGCACAUUACGGCGUGGUCGGUGAGACACUGUGA